GCAACAAGGGCCCGAAUUGCAUACAAAAUUUAUGAAUAAAGCAUUUAAUUUGUAUUUAUAUACCAAAAUCGUUGUGUUUGUACCCGUAUAAUUGAUGAGGGGUUCAAUAUGGAGCUUAACCCUGAAAAACUUGGUCGGCUUCGGACGAUGUUUUUGUUUUGUCCUCAAGUUGCCAUGGUAGCGACCUAAUGGACUUGUUGUUUGGCUUACCAUGCGAUACACAUAUGUAAACUGCAAUUAAUUUAGAUUUCUUUAGCGGUCCCUAGGUAAUUUCAGAAAUUUGUAUGCACUUGCAAUGGGUUAAUAUAUUGUACAUACCUACUGUUUGACUGUAUAUACGCAAACAAAUUAAAAAGACCCUAAUACUCCCAUGAGUCCAUAUUUCCGCCUAUUAUAACUCCUUUGUUGAAUGUCAAUUGAUACAUUAAUUUGGUAGUGCUACUAAUUAUACUGCAUUAAUGACUUCCAAAAACAAAACUAACCAUAGUUUGGUUUACUCAAAAGAGCAGUCAUGUGCUGUUUACUCGAAUACAUUUUCAAAAUUUUUGUCUUCACCUUCGGGGUUUUUAUGAAUUUUGUCGUAACAUUUUUAUUAUUAAUGUCAAAAUUUGUAUUGGCUAACAAAAUAUAAUUUAAACUUUUUGAAUCAGUACGUAUUACCGGAAUUGAGCAUUGCUAUUUUUUGUGGACUGUGCAUAGCUGUUGCGGAACUUUAAUGAUCGUAAUCAAGUUUAAGGAUCUAUGUUAUCUGCAUUGGUGGCUUCUAAUGACGUCGUUCUAUAUAUUAGGUGGCCUCAUUCUUCACUUGGUUCUAUUGGGUUUCCACAGCGACGAAUUCGGUACCACUGAGGAAGUCCAAAACUACUUCGGUCUGGGUAUAUAAAGCUUGAUA